AAGAAGUUUUUCUAAUAGAAGUUUAAAUACUUAAUUUCUAAUUUUUCAAAAUGAAUUUAAUAAAUAACGCCCUAUCGGCCAAGAAUGUAAGAAUUCAUGGCAUGUCGUCCGAAAAAUGGACAACCAAAGAUAAAAUAACGCAAUAUAAAGGACUGGUCAAUUUGUACAGAAGAGAUCGCCAAAUUACGGAAGUUGACACCGCUGUAGCUAGUAAAAAACAAUAUAAAGGUCUCCAGGCGUUACGUAAAUCCAUCGAAACUGAUAGGCAUAAGUUGGACAAUGCAAUAGGAGGUGAUAGGCAAAAGCUACGUAAUACUUUGGCGGAACAUAGAGAACUACAAUUAGCUUAUCAAAAUUCCGAUCCAAAAAAAGUCAUAGAAAACGUCCAUCAGAUUAAUUUUACUAAACGCAAAGUUUUAGACAAAUUGCAAUACCAGAUGAAACUAAAAUCGCAACAAUUGAUCGAUUUGAAAUUAGAAGAAGCUCUGCUCCAAGACCGCCUAAAAUACGAAAUUUAUGAUAAAAUAAAGGAGGAGGAAGUGGCGCAGAUCAUUACUGGAAAAGUCCAAGACGCGCUGUUGAAAAAAGAAGCGGCUUUAGCAAUACAACAAAGCUACGCCGAAAUAAUUAACGUUAUGAAAAAAGACGCGCUUUAUUUCGACGGAAUUUUAUUAGCGAUUCAAACCGACUAUUGGUAUCAAUGCAGAUGUGUUUUAAAUGCCGCCAAACAGGGACAAUUAGCCACCGAAUAUAAAAAUGACAGAGAACAAGAAUUUGAGGCGUUGGAAAAGGCGGUUACCAAAGACAUGAAAACUCAAAAAGUGGACUUGGAGAUAGUUCGCGAGCAAGCUGAAAAUUUGCAUUCAAAUUUAAAGCAUUUGUUGAGGAGAGAUAGUGACCUCACGACUUGCAUACUGAAAGUUGAAGAAUCGCAAGACUUUGCAAUACUACGUAAAGACUUAACUAAAAUUGAAACUGCGUUAACGUACUUGAGAGAUACGACUCUGGUUUCUUCUUUUGAACAAAUUUAUCCAAGCUUGCAAGAACAACUAAGACAGAAGAGAAGAUUAAAUGCUCUUGCAAAAAAAUGUGAACGUAACAGAGAUAUAAUACUGAAUAAAAUGAAUCAUGCUGAACUCAUGAGCAAUAUGCUAAAGAAUACAAUGGUGGAGACAACUGGAGAAUAUAAGAAACGCAAGAAAGAAUUAAUGGAUGCUAUUGAGGAACAAAAUCAAAGCAAAAAACAGUGCGACCAACUACGAGAUCACAAACGUAAUUUGAUAGCCAAAGUGAGAAUAUCGUUGAGACAAAUCCAGCAGUUGUGUUUGCCUGUCAAAACGCCAGAGGAGCGACAGCAUAUGAAAAAAUAUGAGAUUGAAGCUGGUCCAGAUGAUACCCCACAACCCCCAGAGGAAGAUGAAAUUGAUGGGCGCAAAAUAAUAUCUGAUUUAACUCCAAAAUUGAGCUAUUUAAUGGCGAAUGUUUCUGAAAAGAUGGACUAUUCUAAAACAGAUGCCGCUUACAAAUUUUAUGAAAGUUUGAUGAAAGAGCGUUGCGUUGAAGAGGCGCCUGAAAUCAAAACCGACGACUCACUGAUGGGAGAGUUCUCAGGUGAAGUGUCUCAUCUUCUCACCAGAGAGGAAAUUAAAAAGCAAAGUGCUGAAAUUGUCGCUGCUCAUAACAAAGAAGAAGAUAUGGUGCCAAUAUUUCAAGUUAAAAGAAAGAGGAGAAUGUUCAAAUAGAGUCAUUGGUACCCACUCUAGCUAUUAUGUAUAUUAUUUUUAUUAAAUAUCGUGGA